AGCCAAUGCGUAUAACAUAUAUCUAAGAUUACGAGAAGGAUGCUAACUUAUUCUUUGCAGGAUUUGAAUUGACAGUCACAUUAAAACAGCUUGAAGAAUUCUUUUUAAAAUGGGGUCAAGUAGUCAGUGUAAAGUUGUCUACUGAUGAAAAUAAGAAGAGUCGAGGUAAAUAAAAUAUAAAAUUUAAGGUUAUGGAUGGGUGUAAUAUGAAAAAAAGGAAUAAGCUAAUGCAUUAUUAGCAGAAGUUACUGAUGGUUCAAUUUAAUACAAUGAAAAAACAAAGAUCAUAAUUAAGAGAUUUGUAAAGAAGGGUACAACAGAUAGAGAAGAUAAAAGAAAUAACCUUUACAUUAAAAACUUUUGGCCAUCACUUGAUAAUUAUGAUUUGGAAAAUGCAGAUGUUCGUGAUUCAUUAGUAUAAUAUUAUCAUUUAUUUUAUUUUAGGAAAAAGAAAUGAGAGCAAAAUUAGAUGAAUGGUUUAGUACUUAUGGAUCUAUUGUAUCAAUCUUAGUCAAAAUUGAUGUUGAAAGAAAAGCUCCAUUUGCAUUUGUUAGCUUUAAUAGACAUUAAGAUGCUAAAGAAGCAUAAAGAACUUUAGGAACAACUUAAAAAAAAGAUCCAUUAAAUACAGGUAGAAUGAUGUAUGUUGGAUGGGCUUAAACUAAAACAGAUAGAAAAUAAUAAAGAGAUAACAAUAUAUUUGCUAGAUAUAUUUAUGCUGAUCAUCUCUCUAGAAAUGUUACUGAAGAAAUGAUAAGAUCUACUCUCAAGGAAUGUGGAUAUGGUGAUAUCUAAACAGUAAUUUUAUUAUCUAUUAAUAAUUUUAGGUUAGAUUAGAAAAAAUGUAAUAAGGUUUUUAAUAAAUUAUCAGAAUUGGAUAUAUAGUUUUUGAAUAAUCUUCAGAUGCUAAUAAAUUGGUUAAGAAUUUUAAAGAAAAUGAAAAAUUUGAGGAAAUAAAAAAAUUAUUUGAUCCAAAUGUUGAGACUGCUGGUGGUAAAUACUUUUAACAUCUCUUUCCUCAACAAUCUUAAUAAAGAGGAUAAAGAAGAAAUAAUUAAAGAUAAUCUCCAAAUAGAAGAAUGUAUUCUAUGCCUUAAGGUCCUAAUCCAUUUGGUUAAAAAAUGCCUUUCCCUUAUCAAAUUUAAUAAAGAAUGUAAGGUCCUGGAGGUAGAAGACCUUUUCCAUAAUAAAUACCAGGAUUCCAAUAACCUAUUAGACCUAAUCUCCCUCCUCCAGUUUAAUAAAUUGAUACUCAAUAACAAACUCCUCAAGCAGUUCCUUUCAAUAAAAGAUAAGAUUUAUUAGAUUUGAUUGCCAAUUUUGAAUCCUUUAAAGCUAGACCUUAAGAAGAUUAACUCAGAUAAAUUUAGUAAUUUAUUUAAAUCAAUAUUUUAGACAAAUGCUCUAUUAUAGAAUUAAGGCUAAACUUAAUACUGACACAGAAGCACAUUGGAGGAGAAUUAGUGAAAUCUUAUCAGAUCCAACAAAUUACUCUAUUGAUGAAAUCAUUGAUAUGUUUAAAGAUGAAGAGCUCUUUAAUUCCUUUGUAGAUGAAGCCAUUGAUUAAUUAAAAGAAGCAUCAUGUUGGUGAUAGCUUAUUAUUAUUUGUUCAAUAAAUAAAUAUUAAUAAUAUAA